AGUAAAACAGUAAUUUAUUAUACCAAAGUGCUUGAAACUCAACACAUUUAGGAACAUUGAAGAUUUAAACGCCUGAAACUAAAAAAUAUAAAACACCAAAGUAUAAUUGUAAUAUUACAAGUGGUGGCUUUAGUGAUGUGUACAAAGCAUAUUGGCAAGCUAAAAAUCGUAGAAUAGAAGUAGCUGUGAAAAUAAUUAAACCUUUGGUUAAAGCAGAUGACAUUCUUAGAGAGAUCCUCAAACUAAAACAGUUUAAUCAUCAGAACAUUGUAACAUUCUUUGGUACCGCAAGGAAGCUCGAUAAUAAAAUUGUUUUGAUCUUUGAGCAUGCGGACUGUGGAUCUCUUUACGAUUUCUUGCAUCACAAAAAUAUGCAAGUUUCCUACGUUGGUAAACUAAGUUGGAUGCUUCAAUGUGCUAAGGGUAUAGAUUACUUGCAUAGCAAAAACACAAUUCAUCGUAAUCUCAAAACACAAAACUUGUUGCUUUUCAACAAACAUAGAGUAUUGAAGAUAUGCAAUUUUGGCACAGUAAAGAAAUUCGCUAUGAAAAAUACUGAAGGCACUGGAACAUUCAGUUAUAUGGCUCCAGAAGUAUAUGAUGAUAGCGAAAAGUACUCGGAAAAGUCUGAUGUGUUUAGCUUUGGAAUCAUUGUCUGGGAAGUAAUGUCAAGGCUAAAGCCUUUCUACGAGUUAAACAGUGCCUUUCAUACAACAAUUCAAAUGGAAAUUAAUAAGGGCGUACGUCCGAAUGUCAAAGAUAUGAGGAGUUAUAACAACUUCGAGCACAUUAUAUUCAUUAUCAAACAAUGCUGGAGCCAAGAUCCAGAUCAACGACCCACAAUGAAGGAACUGAUAUUUUUCCUUGGCUUCGAUCCAAGAUCGUUUCGCUACAAUCCUAACUUACUGUUAACGGGGAGGCCAUUGCGAGAUAUAUGUGAUGCAGACUUUAGAGUUUAAUAGUUAAUACGAUCGCAACACACAUUUACAAAACUAAUAUGAAAUACUUAAAUACUCGUAAUAUCAAUCGAAAUGAAAGCGUUUUCUUAUCAAUUCUUGUUGGGUUACUGAUGAGAUAAGGCUGUACUGAGAAGUUAGUCGUAUUUACAAUUCAAGCAGACAAGUCACUUCGCUGCUUAUUCGGUUCAACAUUUUUCCUAAGAACAAUUUAUAUAAUUUUUAGUAUUUUUAGUGCGUUUGACAUGGCGCGUUCAAUAGAUUGGAAUGAUUUAAGUGUCGAUAAAAUGAUUAGAGGAUGGGGUAGUUAUGGUGAUGUAUACGUAGCAACUUGGAAGUCAAAAGAUGGUCCACAGAACAUCGCGAUUAAAAAAAUUUAGACCCUUUAUGGAAGACCUCGCAAUUGAAAAAGAAUUCGGUUUGUUAUCGUUGGCCAACCAUGAUAAUAUUGUAAGGUUUUUGGGUAUCACAAAAGAUGGGGACAAUAAAACGGUCAUGGUCAUGGAAUACGCAGAAUGCGGUUCACUUUAUAACAUGCUCCAUAAUAAUGGAAUAAGCUUGGCUUAUACACGAAGGAAUGGAAUUGGCUGGAUGCUUCAAUGCGCCAAGGGUGUUGAAUACCUUCAUAAAUUUAGUCCGAAAAUUCUACAUCGUGAUCUAAAACCCCAAAAUUUACUACUUUUCAAUGAUUGUCGUACAUUGAAAAUAUGCGAUUUUGGCACAGCUAAGGAAUUGGCUACCAAGAUGUCAAAUGGAGUUGGCACUGCUCGAUAUAUGGCACCAGAGGUCAGUAUAGAAAACUCCUACACUGAGAAAUGCGAUGUUUAUAGUUUCGGCAUCACAUUUUGGGAAGUAAUGUCAAAAAAGAAGCCAUUUUAUCACUUGGGAGAAACUGUCGACUUUCAUAUUCAAAAGAAGGCCAUAGAAGGCGACCGUCCACUCAUAAAUGACAUACAAAAUAUGGACAAAUCUGAUCUGAUAAUAAAACUUAUAGAACAGUGUUGGGAUGGAGAUUCUAAGCAGCGACCAGCAAUGCAAGACGUUAUAAGAGAUAUACAUUUUUUGUAUUCAAACAACAAAGAAUACUGUAACAUGAAAGAGCUAACUUUAGAGGACCUGGACCUCUCUGAAAAUCUGAAAGUUUUAGGAAAUAUAGGUAUUUCCGGAUGUGAACAGAGCGCAACUUCAGAAGUUAUAACGCCAAAAGUCAUAACAAAAGAGUACAUUGGCUCAGGAACAUUUAGUGACGUUUUUAAGGCAAUUUGGAGAACAGAAGAAGACGAGAAGAUAAUCGCAGUAAAAAUAUACAGGGGCAGAGUUUUAACAGAAUCAACAUUUGUUUCACGACUUCGCCAUAGGAAUAUAUUGAUAUAUUAUGACAUAAGAACUAAUACAGAUCGCAGAACAUGUCUACUCUCGGAGUAUGCUGAUUGCGGAAAUCUCUAUAAUGCUCUACAUCUAGGUGAUUCUUCAUAUCAAAAUGCUUUAACAUGGAUGCUUCAAUUGGCCAAGGGUGUCGCAUUUAUGCAUCAACAAAACAUUAUUCAUGGCGAUCUUAAACCAAAGAAACUGCUUCUGUUUAACAAUUAUCAGACUCUAAAGAUUUCCUUAUCGGAUUUCAUAUGUAUUAAGCCUACAACAAUGACGAAAAUGGUUGGAGAGUCGUAUUACAUGGCACCAGAAAUUGUAGAAGGGUCGAAGUACACAGAAAAGUGCGAUGUUUAUAGUUUUGGGAUAAUACUGUGCGAGGUGAUUUCACGAAAGAAACCGUUCUACAAUCUGGAGAAUAAAACCAGUUACUUUAUUUUAAAUAAAGUAAUAGAAGGUCUGCGGCCUGAUCUGAAUGUUGUGAACGGCAUUCAACAUUCUGCACAGAUAAAAAUGUGGAUUACCAACUGCUGGGAUGCAGACCCAGAGAAGAGGCCCACUAUGCAUGAGUUAAUGACGAAUUUUACACAUAUUGCAUAAAUAAAUAUUAAAAAUAUUAGUUUAAAUAUUUAUCUUUUUAUAGAAAGAAAUAACAGUUAAAGGCUAUACAUAAAAGCUUUCAAG